GGUCAUGGUGAGAAGACAUUGACCAGCUCGCUCAGGUUUACACAGUGUGGGCUUCGUCCGUCAUGCACAAGACUGCGGUCUGAUGCCAUCGCUCUCCAUUCCGCCUGCCAUGGACGGGCACAGCUUUUCGCAUUUAGACGGACAUCAGAUGGAUGCCGGGGGGUUUAUCCUGGCACCCCCUAUGAGCUACGUGUUUGCCAACAAUCCUUGGAGCUUCCCCCAUCAGACCUACAACUUGCCCUGUCCCGUGCAAUCUGAAAACCAGCAGCAGCUUAUCAACGGCCCAUUGGACAUGGCCACGGAUUUUUUUCCCAACGGUCUCAGCGACUUUGACUUCCCUGGUCUGAAUCUCACUCGGAAUGACGACCUCCCUCCGGACCUCUCUGGUCUGGAUGAUCUGUCGAUCUUCUCCCCUCCGACCGACUCUUUAUCCGAAUACACCGUUAACAACUUAAUCAACACUGAAAUGCCUCCCAAUGUGCCCACGAUAUGGGACAUUAAAACAUCACCAGCAUCAGUCCAAGAGUUGAAUUCUAACAGGUUUCAAGGUUUAAACUCGUUGGAUGACAUCACUGCUAUCAUUAAUACACCACCCAUUGGAGGUUAUCAGAGACCCCAAACACAGCCAGAAGAGGAAGAGGAAGUCGAGGUGGAGGAGACAGAAGAGUUGGGUCAUGUUGACACCUAUGCAGACUACAGGCCCUCUAAAUCCAAGAUAGGAAUAUCUCACCCAGACCGAGUGGUGGAGACCAACACUUUAUCCAGCGUACCUCCUCCAGAUAUCACCUACACCCUGUCCAUCCCAGAGACCACCAUAAACGGAGGCCUGCUCUCUGCCUUGCAGCUGGAGGCCAUUAUUUACGCCUGCCAGCAACAUGAAGUGAUUCUCCAGAACAACCAGCGGGCCGGCUUCCUCAUAGGGGACGGCGCUGGAGUUGGCAAAGGCCGCACAGUGGCUGGCAUCAUUCAAGAAAACUACUUAAAGGGAAGGAAGAAAGCACUAUGGUUCAGCGUCUCCAAUGACCUGAAAUAUGACGCAGAGAGAGAUCUCCAAGACAUCCAUGCACCCAAUAUACAAGUGCAUGCCUUGAAUAAGAUAAAGUACGGAGACACAGCUACCUCAGAAGGAGUCCUGUUUGCCACCUACUCAGCACUAAUUGGGGAGAGUCAGGCAGGCGGCCAACACCGAACGCGUCUGAAGCAGAUCCUAGACUGGUGUGAGCCGGGUUUUGAUGGAGUUAUCAUAUUUGACGAAUGCCACAAAGCCAAAAAUGCAACAUCCACAAAGAUGGGCAAGGCCGUGCUGGAUCUGCAGAACAAGUUGCCAUUGGCCAGAGUGGUGUAUGCCAGUGCCACAGGUGCCUCGGAGCCAAAGAACAUGAUCUAUAUGAGCCGUCUGGGGAUCUGGGGAGAGGGAACCCCCUUCAGAACCUUUGACGACUUCCUCCACGCCAUUGAGAAGAGGGGCGUGGGGGCCAUGGAGAUCGUCGCAAUGGAUAUGAAGGUCAGCGGGAUGUACAUUGCACGCCAACUCAGCUUCUCAGGAGUCUCAUUCCGCAUAGAAGAGAUCAGCUUGGAUGAUGAUUUCAAACUUGUGUACAACAAAGCUGCUAAACUUUGGGCGGAAGCUUUGGCCGUGUUCAUGCAGGCCGCUGACGAACUCUGCAUGAGCUCCAGGAAAUCCCUGUGGGGUCAGUUUUGGUCAUCCCACCAGCGUUUCUUUAAAUACCUCUGUAUCGCUGCCAAGGUGCGCUGCCUGGUGGAACUGGCCAAAAAAGAGUUGGAAGCAGGGAAGUGUGUCGUGAUAGGGCUACAGUCAACAGGUGAGGCUCGAACCAGAGAAGUCCUUGAUGAAAACGACGGACACUUGGACAGAUUUGUGUCUGCUGCCGAGGGUGUGUUUCAGUCUCUGGUCCUCAAACACUUUCCGUCAGAGAAGCAGAGAAGAGAAAAAGGAGCUGGGAACAAGAGGAAACGUAAGCCACGGGCACGGCAGCCAAAGCAACCCCGACAGAUUACUGAUGUAACGGUAGUGAUCAACAUCAGCGAUGACAGCAGCACCGAGUCUGACGCCAUGGACAGCGACUCCAACUCCUCGCCAGACUCAGUCCAAGACAACACUGACGAUGUCAUCUUUGUCAAUCAAACCAGCUACCAAAUGGCACGGUUAGAGGAGAUGAAACAAGGGCUUCUCAACAAGAUCGCUGAGCUGGGAAAAGAACUACCUCUUAACACACUGGAUGAGCUCAUUGAUAAAUUUGGAGGUCCAGAACAAGUAUCAGAGAUGACGGGACGUAAAGGCAGAGUGGUGCGUCGGUCUGACAGCAGCGUCCAAUAUGAGUCUCGCGCUGAGCAGGGCCACACUAUCGACCAAAUCAACAUCAAAGAGAAAGAUCGCUUCAUGAAUGGAGAGAAGUUGGUAGCCAUCAUAUCAGAAGCGGCCAGUUCUGGGAUUUCACUUCAAGCUGACAGAAGGGUGAAGAAUCAGUGUCGGAGGGUUCACAUGACCCUGGAGCUGCCUUGGAGUGCAGACAGGGCCAUCCAGCAGUUUGGUCGUACUCAUCGUUCAAAUCAGGUCACGGCACCGGAGUACAUCUUCCUAAUCUCCGAACUGGCAGGCGAGCGACGAUUUGCGUCCAUCGUGGCAAAAAGGCUGGAGAGCUUGGGAGCUCUGACUCAUGGUGACAGGAGGGCCACAGAGUCUAGAGACCUGAGCAAGUACAACUUUGAAAAUAAAUAUGGCACCAAAGCUCUAGAUAAGAUUACCAAAGCCAUCCUUGGUCAGAUUGAAAGCAAGGUACUCCCUCCAAAUGACUAUCCUGGUGGCGAUUCCAUGUUCUUUAGAGACAUGAAGCACGGUAUGAUGGACGUAGGCAUGCUAUGCAGUAAUUCACGCUUGGGCAUCAACACUGAAAAAGACUGCAAUAUCACCAAGUUCCUCAACCGGAUACUGGGCCUGGAGGUGCACAAACAGAACUCCCUCUUCCAGUAUUUUACGGACAAUUUCGACUACUUGAUCGAAAAGGACAAGAAAGAGGGCAAAUAUGAUAUGGGAAUACUGGAUCUGGCACCAGGAAAUGACCAGAUUUAUGAGGAAACACAGGAGAAGUUUCUAACGGCGGGAAACCCUCAAGAUGGUCAAGUUAUCCUAUAUAAGAUAAGUGUAGAUAGAGGUAUGGCAUGGUUGGAGGCUUUCCAGAAGGCCCAAACUCUCAGUAACCCGGAUGAAGGCUUCUAUUUAUCCCAUAAAUUGAGAGGUAACUAUCCAUGCGUGCUGCUAGCCGUGCAGGGCCAGGAGCACAACAUGAUCAUCUACAAACCAAACAUCGGCAAGCAGGCCCAAACGGAAAGCCUUGAUAACCUUCAACAAAAAUACCACAAGGUCACUCCAGAGGAGGCACAAGAUAGCUGGGAAAACCAGUUCACGUUCUCCUUCAGGAAAUGUAGCCAUGCUAACUGGAACGGGAGGUGUAAGAAGGUAGAGGAGGGUCAGGAGUGCUUAAUGGGUACUCGAUUGCGUCAGUAUCACAUGUUGUGUGGCGCUCUGCUCCGCGUUUGGAAGCGUGUGUCUGAUGUGGUCGCUGACAUCACCAAUUCCAGCAUUCUCCAAAUUGUCCGCCUCAAAACCAAAGACAGCAGCAAACAAGUUGGUAUUAAAAUCCCAGAGAACUGCAUGUCAAAGGUACGUCAGGAGUUGGUGAGGAUGGAUGCAGAGGUGAAGCAGCGACAUCGAGAGAAGGAGCAGCAAGCUCAGGAGCAGCGUCAGGCUGAGGAGCAACAGAGGCUGAUGACACAGCGUCAGCAGCAAGAGAUUUUCUCCCAAAAUUUGUUCACCUCAUCUUUGCCAAAUCCCAGCCUGGCCAGCUUACCCACUCCGUACAUCUCCUUCCCCUCGUUCCCUUCCAUAAAAUACCCUUUGGAAGAAAUCCUGGACUUGUCGGUUCAAAGAUCCUCGCCCUCCUCCCAAGUUAGCACUCAAGCUGACCUGGCUGUAGACAACCUCUCCAGGCAACUCGAACCUAUGGUGGAUGACUUUAACCUUGAAGUGUUUAUUCAAGAGCAGCAACAACCACAGCAGGGGAGCCAGGCCACACAGGAAAGCAGUUCAGCACGGGACACAGAACUGUUAGACAUGAUACUGUCUUUGAACUCCUUUAUAACACCCCCUAGUCAGACUGUCCCUGCCUCUUCCUCCUCAGAUGCACCUUUGUCGGUACCCAUGGUCUUGUCAAAUUCCUUCUCUUCUUCCUUGUCCAACUUCACUCACUCACUCACACCACCUUCAUCAUCUUCCUUGUUGUCGCGCAUCUCUCCCUCCCCUACGGACCAGCAGAUGCUCCCAGUACCCAACAGCCACUGCAGCUCUGAAGCCAUCAUAAAUGUACGAGAGGUGUUGAACAGCAUGCUGCAAGGUGGAACAGAAUCACGGCAGUCAGUCAUUAAGUACCCACAACCCGAGUGAGAUCCUUCCAGUCGGACUCUCCUGUAGACGCGCACACACUCAGGGCUGUAGUCUGACCACUGCCGGCGUCCUGCUCCGCCACUGGCCUCGGUUCCACAAGCAUGAGAUUCUGCUUCAUAAGAUGGGAGGAAGUCUGGUGUUCCUAAACACUUUGUCUCCAUACUAUGGAUAGUUACCAAGGUUGUCACACCAGUUUAAACAUCCGGAAUUUUAUACACUGGGGCUUUAAAAGAGUAUUGAUUUACCAAGAGUGAAAACGAUUUAAGGUUUGUUUAGGUUAUGUCACACCACAUCGUACAGUAUAUUUUGCUUAAAGAUUUUGCUCAAGAUGGAGCAUGCAGAAAUGAAAAGACACUUGAGGUACCAUUUUGGUUCCUCAUUGCAGGAACCCUCCGGGGAAGCACCAGCCACCUUUAAAGGUGCCUCAAAUGUGAUUUGAGUCCUGAGAGAUCUUCAGUAUAUAUUUUAAGUGCCCCAAAAGGCUUUCUUUUAUAAAGGGGCCACUGGAGAAACUUUCUUUAGAGUUACUAAAGGAACUGGCUGUACGUUCCUUAUAGAACAUUACUGACUCUCCAUUUUGAAAGUGUGCCUAGAGGUUCUCCAAAGGGUUCUACCAAUGUGCCGACCAAAAGGAACCCCGAAUGUUACCUCAAGUAUCUUCUUUCUGUAGGAUCUUUUUUUUGUGUGUGGCCACAGAUUCCAUGUGGGCCUAGCUGAAGUUGUACAAACCUCACAUAUGCAAGACAUAGCGCAAGGUUCACUUCGGCAAGGAGCUUAAGUUUUGUUUUGCAUUGGACAAUCAUCAGCUUUACAUUUCCAUGAUGAACUUCUGUUAGACAAAACACUUUUCCUGAGGAGCAAGAGAACAGGCUACU